CAACCAGAUCAAACCAUGACUAUCAUCCUGUAUGAUUUAUUGAAUUACACUGAUUUGUGGCAGUUGUUUGAGUAUGAGUUUGCAAAUUUCACCGGCACGCCACCCACAGACGAACAUAAUUAUAGUCCCUGUAAGAUGAACACUGAGGCACUCAACAAGUAUGCCGUGGUCGUCAUCUAUGCCCUGGUCUUCCUGCUGAGCCUCCUGGGAAACUCCCUGGUGAUGCUGGUCAUCUUAUACAGCCGGGUGGGCCGCUCUGUCACCGACGUCUACCUGCUGAACCUGGCCAUGGCUGACCUGCUCUUCGCCCUGACCUUGCCUAUCUGGGCCACCUCCAAGGCAAAGGGCUGGAUCUUUGGCACAGCCCUGUGCAAGGUGGUCUCACUCCUGAAGGAAGUCAACUUCUACAGUGGUAUUCUACUGCUGGUCUGCAUCAGCAUGGACCGCUACCUGGCCAUUGUCCAUGCCACACGCGUGCUGACCCAGAAGCGGCACUGGGUCAGGUUCAUAUGUUUAGGCGUCUGGGUCCUGUCCUUGAUCCUGGCCCUGCCCGUCUUUGUCCUCCGUGAGGCUUAUCAACCACCCUAUUCCAGCCCAGUCUGCUACGAGGACAUGGGUGCCAAUACAACAAAAUGGCGGAUGGUGAUGCGGGUCCUGCCCCAGACCUUUGGCUUCCUCCUGCCCCUGCUGGUCAUGCUGAUCUGCUACGGACUCACCCUGCGCACGCUCUUUGCGGCCCAAAUGGGGCAGAAGCACCGGGCCAUGCGGGUCAUCUUUGCUGUCGUGCUCGUCUUCCUGCUCUGCUGGCUGCCCUACAACCUGGUCCUGGUUGCAGACACCCUCAUGAGGGUCCGGGUGAUCGCGGAGACCUGUGAGCGCCGCAAUGACAUUGGCCGGGCCCUGGAUGCCACCGAGAUCCUGGGCUUCCUCCACAGCUGCCUCAAUCCUCUCAUCUACGUCUUCAUUGGCCAGAAGUUUCGCCACGGACUCCUCAGGAUCAUGGCCAUCCAUGGCCUGGUCAGCAAGGAGUUCUUGGUCAAGGACGGCAGGCCUUCCUUUGUUGGCUCUUCUUCAGGGAACACUUCUACUACCCUCUGAGACUGCAGGCAGGGCCCCCCCCUUCCCUUCAGCAUCCGCCCCAAGCCGCAUGUCCUCUGGCUGCUCACAGCCUUGUGUCAAAGCAGCCGCCCAUUGUGGAUACAGGAAGUUGCUGAGGCCACAUCCUUACUAGGUCCCCAGCUAUGGAUUCGAAAGCCCUGGCCCCCACCUCUUACCGUAAUUACCAUGUCCACUGCUAGAGCUCGGCCCAUCCUACCACUGAGACCACAGCACUCUGUCUUCUGGCAGACAUUCUUUGAAUAUAUUCUUUUAAGUGAUUACAAAAAGUUCCCACCAUUGGGAGGCAUUAGUGUCAAACACCAUUGGUUGCUUCCCCAACUCUCCCUUUCCUUGCUGGCUAACGAA